AUGAAUAUCAUCAAGAAGCUGCUGUCGAACGCAAACCAGGCGUCGAACGACGAGCUGAUCCUGGUGCAGUCGGGCCAGCUGUAUCUUCUGCGGUCGCCCAAGUCGCCCAAGUCGGAAAACGAGUGUCUGUUUACAGAUGUUAUUGUUUCCAUCAGAGAAACGUCGUUGCCCUUCAACUACCAGCUGAGCAUCAACAAGGCGGUGGAGGCGGGCCAGGACGCGCUCGACGACGAUGAGCUAGACGCCGAGGACCACGACGACGAUUUCGACGCCGACUCCACCUCGCUCAAGUCGUUUCUCAUUGACGAGAAACUCAGGUUCUGUUUGUACCAGAAGUACGGCACUUAUGUGAUUGCGUGGAAGGAUCUGGACGGCGACAUCGGCGACAUGUUCGAGUUCCGCGUGAGUCCGUCCGGGUCGGUCGACAGCAUCAACCAGUUCAUGCUGGCUCUGUACAAGUGCGAGUACGAACGCAAGUACAAAAAGUCGAGCUUGGCGCUCAAGUCGGACGAUUUGAAGGAGUUUGUUUACGACAGAGACUCGCUGUUUGAGGACAUCCCCGACAUGUUGUCGUCGCUGCGGUCGUCGGUGAAUAUCCAGCCUUCCGGACAGCUGGACGACUCUGAUUCCGAGGAUAAGUUCGAGGACGCUGUGGAAACUGCCGAUUCCAAGCUGGUCAAGCAGACACAGGCAGACGUGCUCAUGUACGACGAGACUGAGCAGGACUACGUUCUCAAGGCCGAGGCGGCCACCGUGAAGAUACUGCAGACCGGUUUGUGGAUGUUUUCUCUGGACGUUUCUGCUCCAGCACUGAAAAACUCGCCGGUUGCAACCGUCAUCUCGAACUCGAUCGACCCGGUGUUCGACUUCGGCUCACUCUCGUUCACCUUCAACGUGGACACUGCGCAGUCUGUUCUGACGUGGGCGUUCCAGUUCGCCUCGCGCGAGCUGUACGAGUCGUUCCAGCAAUCGUUCACACAGUGUCUGUACGAGGCCACCAACAAGACGAGCUGGGUCAAGCUCAAGAACGACGAGCAGGACUUUUUGAUCGACUCGAUCAGAAACCUCAAUAUUGACGAGAUGGACGUGGACUCCGAGUCCGACGAAAGCGAAGACGAGGAGAGCUACAAAUUUAAGGACGGCAAGCUGUUUCUCUCGGACGACGAGGACGAGGACGACGAAAACGGGCUGCUCAAACGGUUCAAUGCAGGCGGCGUUAAUAGCGGUAUGAAGAUGGCCUAUAAAGACAACUUGGCGUUCGUCUCGAGGGGCAACAAGCUGGGAGUGUUCAAGAUGGGCAGCGAGGCCAAGCCGGUGUUCUCCACAGCUAUUGAAAACAUCUCGAGCGCGUCCAAGAAGGGUAAGGCAAUCAACCCGGGCAACAUGAUGCUUCAAAAAGGUGACACGGUGAUGAUCAUCCAGGAUAAGGACAACAAGGAUAAUUUGUACAAGAUGGAUCUUGAGUAUGGAAAAGUGGUGGAAGAUUGGCAGUUCAAGAAAGACAACGCUGAGGUGCCGGUGGUGAACUUCACAUCAAACGAGAAGUUCGGAGAACUCACAGAGGACCAAACGUUCUUGGGAGUCUCGCAUCAGUCGCUGUUCAGAGUUGAUCCAAGACUGCAGAACAAGCUCGUGGACAGCGAGUUCAAGCAUUACAAGUCCAAGACCAACUUCAGCCACAUCGCCACCACAGAGGACGGGUACAUUGCUGCGUCCACCAACAACGGAGAAAUCAAACUGUACGACAAGCUGGGCAAGAACGCCAAGACUCUUAUUCCUGCGUUGGGAGACGAGUUCAUUGGCCUGACCACGAGCGACGACGGGCGGUUUAUUCUGGCAACUUGCCGCAAGUACUUGCUGUUGCUGGACGUCAAGAUCAAGAAGGGCACGUACAAGUCGAGUCUUGGAUACGAACGGUCGUUUGGCAAGGACUCGAAGCCUAUUCCCAAGAAACUCGCUCUUAGGCCAGAACACCUGGCAUAUAUCCGCAAUCAGACCGGCAAGGAACCGCAUUUCACGAAAGCCAACUUCAGUAUCAACCGGAACUCCAAGAAGAAGGAGCCGACCGCGAUCACGACAUCCAUUGGACCGUUUGCGGUUAUUUGGAACUUCAAGAAGGCGUUGCAGAACGAUACUUCGGCGUACAGCAUCAAACGAUACGAUAAUACGAUCACAACCACAGACUUCAAGUUCAACGACACAAGCAAGGUUAUUUUCACGUUACCGAACGAGGUUUCGAUGGCAAGCAACAGAGCUUUCAAGAAGGCGAGCGACGAGUUCAAAGUUGUUGAGUCUCCGUAUUGA